AGCGAGUUUACGUCACGUGCAACCAGCUUCCGGUUGAAGUGUAACUGGAUACAUGACACAGUUGUUUGGCGGAAAGCUUCUUCUUCGUCAACGUACACAAAACUACCGACGUGGGUUUUGACACUGUAACGGCCGACAGUCGCGUGAGGACUCGGUGCCGCGAUGGAGGCGGUUCCCCGGAUGCCGAUGAUCUGGCUGGAUCUGAAGGAGGCUGGGGAGUUCCAGUUCAGCCCGGCCAUCAAGCAGUUCAUCUUGAAGAAUUAUGGAGAGAAUCCAGACAACUACAACGAACAGCUGAAGAAACUGGAGACUCUGCGGCAGAGUGCGGUGAACGUGACGAGAGACUUCGAGGGAUGCAGCACACUGAGGAAGUACUUCGGCCAGCUACAUUACGUCCAGAGCCGAGUGCCCAUGGGAACGGGCCAGGAGGCUGCCGUACCCAUCUCAUGGACGGAGAUUUUCUCUGGAAAAACAGUCACCCACGAUGACAUCAGCUACGAGCAAGCCUGCAUCCUCUACAAUCUAGGGGCCCUGCACUCCAUGUUGGGAGCCAUGGAUAACAGGGUAUCUGAGGAGGGGAUGAAGGUGUCGUGUACGCACUUCCAGUGCUCGGCGGGGGCUUUCUCCUACCUGAGAGACCAUUUCAGCCACAACUUCAGUGUGGACAUGAGCCACCAGAUCCUUAACCUCAGCAUCAACCUCAUGCUGGGUCAGGCUCAGGAGUGUCUUCUGGAGAAGUCCAUGUUGGACAACAGGAAGAGCUUUCUGGUGGCUCGCAUCAGCGCUCAGGUGGUGGAUUACUAUAAAGAGGCCUGCAGGGCGCUGGAAAACUCUGAGACGGUGUCCAUGCUGGGAAAGAUUCAGAAAGACUGGAAGAAACUGGUCCAGAUGAAGAUCUACUACUUUGCUUCUAUUGCACAUCUUCACAUGGGGAAACAGGCCGAGGAGCAGCAGAAGUAUGGAGAGCGGUUGGCGUACCUGCAGAGCUCUCUGGACAAGCUCACCGAAGCCAUCAAGCUGGCAAAGGGACAACCUGACAGCGUGCAAGACGCCUUGAGGUUCACCAUGGAUGUUAUCGGGGGAAAGUUUAAUUCAGCCAAAAAGGACAAUGACUUCAUCUAUCACGAGACGGUUCCUUCUCUGGAGACUCUGGCCUCAGUGAAAGGUGCCCCACUGGUGAAAGCUCUACCAGUCAACCCCACAGACCCCAGUGUUACUGGACCAGACCUGUUCGCCAAGUUGGUGCCAAUGGCCGCCCAUGAAGCCUCCUCGCUGUACAGUGAGGAGAAGGCCAAGCUGCUGAGGGACGUCAUGAUCAAGAUCGAGAGCAGGAAUGAAACACUAGAGCAGUUCAUGGACUCUCUGGGCUUGGAGCCGGAGUCGGUGGACAACCUGGACAUGUACAGCCACAUCCCUCCGGUCCUGAUGGAGAAGUGUGCUGCUCUCAGUGUCCGACCCGACACAGUCAAGAGCCUCAUCCAGUCCAUGCAGGGGCUCUCGGGCGUCUUCACCGACGUGGAGUCUUCGCUGAAGGAGAUAAGAGACGUCCUAGAGGUGGACGAGGCCAGCAGGCGAGCCCUCCAGGAGGUGGGCGGCCCCGCUGCGGGCGAGGUGCACCCGGCAGCGCAGGCCCAGGCUCUGGCUGAGAUCCGCAGGGACCUGGAGAAGUACAUGGAGGCCCACGAGAAGGCCAGUUUUACCAACACGGAGCUCCACCGGGCCAUGCACCUGCACAUCAGCAACCUGCGUCUGCUGGGGGGGCCACUGGAGAGUCUGAAGGAGGCCCUGCCCCGGCCCCAGCUCAGCGAAGAGGAAGUAGCAGGGCUGCAGUGUAUGAAGCGGAUCCUGGGGAAGGUGCAGGAAAUGAGGGAACAGAGAAGCUCUUUGGAGAAUCAACUCCGCGACCUAAUCCAGCAGGACGACAUCACCUCCACCCUCGUCACCACAGAGAGGGCAGACAUGAGGCGUAUAUUUGAGGAGCAGCUGAAGAAGUACGAGCAGGUGAAGGUGUACAUCGAACAGAACCUGGCAGCUCAGGAGAACAUCCUGAAGGCCCUGACGGAGGCCAACGUCCAGUACGCCUCGGUCCGUAAGGGCCUGAGCCAGACGGAGCAGCAGUGGAACGGCACCGUCCAGGGACUGGUGGGCUCCUACGAAGCCUACGAGGACCUGAUGAAGAAGUCUCAGGAGGGGAAGGAGUUCUACGACGACCUGGAGGCCAAAGCAUCCCGUCUGCUGGAGAGAGCGAAGACCCUGUGUCAGACCAGGGCCGAGGAGAGGAAGCCCGCCUUGGAAAAAGAGAUCCAGAAGAAGCCCCCAGCACGACCAACGGCAGCCAAGCCCUCCCUGAAGCCAAAGGCUUCGGAUGUCGACUCGGCCGGCUCCAGCCUGGAUGAUACAGAGUUGGCCCAGCUGAGUGCAGCCAUCUUGGCCUUGGGGGGUGACCUACCCGAAGAGCUCCGCAGCCUCCCCCCUGACAUGUCCUCUUUCCCCUGCUCUGCUGCUCGUCUUCCCGGUCCCGAAGCCUUCAUGCCCCCUACCGCUGGCUCUCUGCCUUGGCCUGGUGCUCCAGCUGCUGGUCUUGCUCGCUUCCCUGCCAACCUGCCUCCUCCAGAGCUCCUGGCGCGGAUCGCUCAGUUUCCUACUUCUGGACCUCUGCCACACGGACCCCUCCCUCAGAUGACUGCACAGAUGCCUCCGUCAGGUUAUCGGCCACCCCAUCCUCAAGCCCCCCAACCUGGCCUUGUAGCCCCGACCCCAGUCCGGCCUUCUACCACCAUCGUGGAUAACAUCCAGGCCCCUAUCCCCAGCUACGCCCCGGCACCACAACACCACCAUGUCCCUCCUGCAGCCUCUACUGGCUACAAUGUACCCCCACAGAUGGGGGCCUACCCCCAGUUUAUGCCCCGACCAGGAAUGCCCGUUCAAGGCCCACCACCGCAACCACAGCAGCAGAAACAGCCGUACCCUCAGCCCAUCGGGCAUCCACUGCCUCAGGGGUACCAGCCUGGGCCAAGGGCUAUGCCUGGUCCUCACCCUCAUCUCCAGGCUCAGCAAGGCUACCAUCAUGGAUAUAUGCCCCCUCAGCCUGGCGUUCCUCCCCAUUACCAGCAGGCGUUCCCGGGGCAGCUGCAGCCACAUCAACAAAAUGGCUAUCAGCCCCAGCCCCAGCUCCCCCAAGGCUACCAGACUGCACCGGGCUAUGCACCCCAGCAUCACCCUCAGAUGAUUCCAGGCUCCAUGCAGAGGCCACCUCAUGGCCAGAUGCCACCUCAGCAUGUACAUCCACACAUGCCCCCAACUUCUCAGCCAGCACCCCCUGUGUCUCAGCCCUACCUGCCCCAUCCCCACCAACAGAUGCCCCCUGGACUCCCUCACCAGCACAUGAUGCCACAACAUCAACAAAUCUCAAUGCCCCCUAAUGCCCAGCACAUUCCGCCCCACCCACAGAUGCAGAUACCAGGUGGUCCCAGAGCACAAAUGCCCCCCGCAAGUCAGCCAAUGCCACCAGUCUCUCAGAACUACAUGCCUCCUACAAGUCAUCCCAUUCACCCGACCCUGCGGCCUCAGAUGCCUCCAGCCUCACAAGCUCACAUGGCCCCCGGUCCUCAGGUCCACCUGCCAAGGGGCCCAAUGCCACAGAUGCCUCCCAGUGCACUACCUCCACAACAUCACCCCCAUCCCGGACAGCCUCCGAUACCAAACAUGCCCCAACAGCCCAUGCGGAUUCCCGUCCAGCCCCAGACUCGGCCCCCUCAUUCUGGGGGGGUGUGCUACCCUGGAGGGGCUCCCAUGAUGCCUCAGCAGCCUCUGGCUCCACAGCCUGCAGCUCCCCAACAACCUCAGGCUCCUCUUCCCAUGACCCACCCGCAGCCCUCCACUAUGUAUCCUUCAGCUCCAGGAGCUAAUGUGCCUCCAAGUGCUCCACACGUCCCCACCGCACAGCACAUGAUCCAGCCGGCUCCUGGAGGUCCUCCAGCGGCUCAACCACCCAACGCUGUCCAUCCUUCCCCUUCGCCUUCCCCCUCCCCAUCUCCCUCUCCAGGUCCUACUUCUCUGAGUCUGAACCCCCAGCAGAGACCCACGCCACCUCCUGCCCCUGGAGGUGCAGCUCCUCCCACUCUUCCCUCCCCCUCCGCUGUCUCUCCCUCCACAUCGUUGUUUCAGCGCCAGAACUCAAGCACAGAUGACCUCCUCUCUUCGAGCCCCGAGAGCCAACCAGGAGGCCCCAAGGCCCCCACCAAUGUCCUCCAACCCACCAAGGCUGACCCGCAGGAUGGGGAGCGUCGCAAGAAGAGCUCCCAGGGAGUUCUGCUGAUCCAGGGUGACCCAUACCAAGCGCCGGAGCGCGUCGCCCGUCUUCACGGCGAACUGGAGCGUUACAGAGCCCGGGUGGAUUCUCUGGAGCACCCCUCGGAGAGCGAGGGUGGCCUGUCGGUGCUAGACGCCCGCUGGAAAGAGCUACAGGACCAGCAGGAGAAGGACGCCCGCCAACUGUCCAUCGCCAUCGCCCGCUGCUACACCAUGAAGAACCGUCACCAGGACGUCAUGCCCUAUGACCUCAACCGCGUGGUGCUGCAAUCGGGCAAAGACGACUACAUCAACGCCAGCUAUGUGGAAGACUUGUCGCCGUACUGCCCUCGCCUUAUUGCCACGCAGGCUCCGCUCACCGGCACAGCGGCGGACUUCUGGCUGAUGGUGUACGAGCAGAAGGUGUCACUGAUAGUCAUGCUGGUUUCAGAGCAGGAGCUGGAAAAGGGAAAAGUCGCGCACUACUUCCCGACGGAGCGCGGCCAGCAGCUCGCUCAGGGACCAAUCACGCUCAGCCUCACCACGCAGAAGACGACGCCCACGCACGUGGAGCGCAUGAUCAGCCUGCAGUACCGCGACCAGAGCCUGAAGCGCACCGUCGUCCAUCUCCAGUUCACCUCCUGGCCGGAGCUGGGUCUUCCUGACAGCAAGAGCAACCUGCUGCGAUUCAUCCAGGAGGUUCACGGACACUACCUCCACCAGAGGCCCUUACACACACCUGUCGUGGUGCACUGCAGCUCGGGCGUCGGACGCACCGGCGUCUUCUGCCUGCUGUACGCCGCGCUGCAGGAGCUGGAGGCGGGAAACGGGAUCCCAGACCUUCCAUUGCUGGUGAAGAAGAUGAGACAACAGAGGAAGAACAUGCUGCAGGAGAAGCUCCACCUGAAGUUCUGCUAUGAGGCCGUGUUGAAGCACGCUGAGCUGGUCCUUCAGAGACACGGCAUCACGACCGCCACCUGCAGCAAGAACACCAGCUCUGCAGCCACAAAGCCUUACUCCAGACAGGAGUCCCAGCAGGACAUCGUCCUCGGUGGUGACAUGCCCAUCAGCUCCAUCCAAGCUACCAUCGCCAAGCUCAGCAUCCGGCCUCCCAGCGCCACAGACCCCGCCAUGGAGGCCCCCUCUGGGCCGGUCGACGCCGUGCUGGACUCGCUGGGUGACGUCCAGCCGCUCCAGGAGCCCGUCCCCUCCACAGACCUCCAGCCUCCCUCCUCUUUCAGCCCGCCUCUCAUCUCCCCUACCCACUCUCCUCCACCGCCGCCCAACGGUCUGGACGCGGUCUCCCCCUCCACGCCACCGGCAGCCGACCACCAGGAGGUCCCAGACCUCACGCCCGAUGUCGUCAGCCCGCCUCCGGCCUCCUCGGCCUCCUCGGCCUCGGCUCCCUCGUCCCUGGAGCUGCUGGCUGCACUGACGCCCGAGGCCUUCUCCAUGGAGGGAGGGGGCAAGGGGAAGCAGCGGGUGACCAAGCAGAGCUUCCUGCAGCCGGCCGAGGGUAAGGGUCUCCACGGGACUCGAGGGGAGGAAGGCGACGACCCGCUCAGUAGCCUGGACCCGCUGUGGAGCCUCGGCAAGCGCUGAGCCCGCCGCCACUCUCACUUUACCACCAGGCGUCAGCGGAGGCCUGUAGCUCGUUCUAAUCCUGCUUUUUAAAGAAGAAAAACUAAAGCACUGAAUCCCGACAGUUUGAGACAUUUUAGCGGUGUUGAUUACCAAGACGUGCCUGGUGGCAGACGGUAGGGGUUCAGUUUUGAAGUUUGCUUUAGUGGUGGGGGGGAGGGGUGAUACCUGAGACACAAACACACUCCUUCCAUCACUGGUGGCUUCUGGGACCAGAUCGCUAUGCACUUGUCUGUAUUCCUUCACUCCUCCUGUCGCUCUUUGCUGCUUUUCUUUCUAGAUGUUUCUGCACUCCCAGCGCCACAUCUGGGCCCCCCAAAAAAAACAAAAUCCCAGCAUGCACUUCACUUUCAUAGCCCCCUCCACUUUUCCACAGGGUGUGAUGGUUGUUUCUUCGGCCGCUCCCUUCUGUGAUCGGUUUGUUGACCUGGAAUAAUGGCUGCAUGGCGAGUUGCAGGCAGGAGCUACGAAUCAGCACGUCCUAACCAAGUUGAUUUUUUUUUUUCUUCAUCUGUAACACUGUAAAUAUCUUAAAUAAAGUUAGACUAUUCCAAAACGUUCUUCUGGUAAACUUUCACUAAUCGUUCAUUAUUGUAAAAAAAUAAUUAAAUAAAUCCAGUAGACAGACA